AUGUCUCGACCAACGAGUCCUACAUCUUCAGACAUGUCAGCGCCACCAGCCGACUCUACCAAGACAACGAUAGUAGACGAGGAAGCACCUGCACCACCAGACGAGCCACAACCUCCACCAUACACAGUAUAUACGACAUGGGAGAAGCGCUUCAUCGUGCUAGGAGCCGCGCUGGCUGCCUUCUUUUCGCCCUUCACCGCGCAAAUCUACCUCCCGGCUUUGACUGUUCUCGCCAACGAGUUCAACGUCUCCGACUCGGACAUGAACCUUACGCUGACGACUUACAUGAUCUUUCAAGGGAUCGUGCCCAUGUUCAUCGGUUCCCUGGCUGAUCAGAGCGGCAGACGCCCUGCCUAUGUCAUUUGCUUUGUCGUCUACAUCGCGGCCAACAUUGGCCUUGCACUCUCGCAGAACUUCGCUUCUUUGCUCAUCGUUCGCUGUAUCCAGUCUGCAGGCUCCAGCAGCACCGUCGCUUUAGCUUCAGCUGUUGUGGCAGAUAGCAUCACAUCGGCUGAGAGGGGGCAGUACGUUGGUCUUACUGUUGUUCCCAUUGUUCUGGCACCAGCACUCGGCCCAGUUCUCGGCGGUGUUCUGGCACAAUAUCUAGGAUGGAGGUCCAUCUUUUGGUUUCUUACCAUCUUGGCCGGCGUCUUCUUCAUCAUCCUUCUCCUCUUCUUCCCAGAGACUUGCCGGAGGAUCGUAGACGAUGGCUCGGUGCGGCCUCCAAAGCUCUACCGAACCGGCUUCCAGCUUAUCAAGGACUAUUAUAGAGCCAAAAAGGGAGCUGGAGCGCCGGUGACGAGACAAACGACAGAAGCGUCAAAUACUGCCAAACCGACUCUCAAGUUCAAGAUCAACCCGUUCGAGUCACUUCGUCUGCUCUUCGAGAGGGAACUUGGACUGCUCCUCGGCUUCAGCGCUAUCGUAUUCGCCGGGUUUUACGCCAUCGCCUCCUCCAUGCCGACCCAGUUCCAGGAGAUUUACGGCUUCGACAGUCUCAAGGUGGGCCUCAUGUACCUGCCCAUGGCUGGCGGCUCCGUCGUGGCCGCCUUUCUCGUAGGGCCUUUGAUCAACUGGAACUACCGCCGGCAUUGCAAGCGUCUUGGGAUUCCUUAUGACAAGUCCCGUCAGCAAGACAUGACUGGAUUCCCCAUUGAGAAAGCCCGCCUCGAAGUCGGUCUUCCGCUGCUGUAUCUCAGCUCGAUUCUGCUGCUCGUCUGGGGUUGGGCUCUGCACCUCCGCGCGCCCGUGGCUGUCCCAUGCGUGCUGCUCUUUCUCUUCGGAGUCGGCAUGAUUGGGUUCAAUAACACCACCAACACGCUCAUCAUCGAUAUUCAUCCAGGCAAAGCCGGGACUGCGACGGCGGCGAAUAACUUUACGAGGUGUCUGCUUGGUGCAGCUGCAACUGCGGCGAUUAUCCCCAUGAUUAAUGGGAUUGGCGUGGGCUGGGCCUUUACGCUUCUGGCUCUUCUCUACAUUGUCUUCAGCCCGGCAUUGCUGGCCAUCAUGUACUGGGGUGUGGAGUGGCGUCAGAACGCAAAAGACAAGGGGCUCAAGAAGGAGACGAAGAAGAGCGCAUCAUGA